AUGUCUCUUGCAACUCGUCCACAAGCAGCGGUUAGGCGCUUAAACUUGAUGUCCCUCCCCAAUGAACUCCUCAGCAUCAUCCUUACAUUCGCCACUUCCGAAUACAGUGUCCAGGAGAUCUUUACUUUGGCGACGGUCUGCUCUCUCUUCAGAGACGUGCUCUUGAAAACACCUAGUGUAUGGGCUGACCUGAAAGUUACUUUCUACCGGGGCACGGACAUGGCGAACCUGGUGCAACUCAUCAAGAAAUGGUCCAAACGAUCCUGCGCGUUGCCAACGACGGCCUUGACACUGUCCCACGACACUGGUUUCUCUCUGUUUGCCCCUUUGCCUGAUGGAAUGUCCUCGCUCGCCGACUUUAUUCUCUCUGGUGCUGAUCCUCGUACGAAGCAUAUCACGCUCUCCUUCCAUGGACUAUCCCUUGAAUCGGUCACUUGGAUGAAGGAACUCUUCACUAAGGCGCUUGGAAACAAGGACCUCAAGCCAUUCGAAAAUAUCCGGUCUCUUAAACUCCGUGCCCCUUGUUUUGCAAUGCCCGACGACGUGACUACCUUCUCGCAACUUUUCCCCAACCUCGAUUACCUGCACGUGUCGUUCCUUCGAAUUCGGAAUGGGCCCAUCAGUCCGAGCGCUGACUGGUUCAAGCACUUUGCCCUGCCAACGGUUCGCCGUAUGACGGUUUAUAUCCACAUAUACCAGGAUAUCUGUAGGAGACACCUUCUCCCACUCAUUCUCUCGCAGAACCCGGAGCUCGAGAUCCUCUACCUAGACAUUUCGACUUGGUACCCACACCUCCUGACGAUAUUUAGGCCCGUCACUCAGAAACGUAUCCAUACGUUGCACCUGAGUGGUCAUAUGGACGCCGUGGCACGUCAACUCGCGCUGGUAACCUGCCCAAGGUUGACGAGCUUGACUAUCCUUGACGCCCCAUUCAUGAACCCGCUACACAAUGGAGGGAACCUCGGCGUAGUCCCAAACAUCCUCAAAAUGGUCAACCAAAGCGGAUGCAAAUUACGAGUGUUGGAUCUGUCCAAGUCCUUACUGAGCGACCGGCAGCUCUUCGACCUCCUUAGAGCGCUGCCAUCUUUGCGUCGGGUUUCGAUCUCGGUACGGGGUAACUGCGACGGCAGUGUAUUCGAUAUGCUUCACGAGCGGAGCAAGACUGAGCGGGUGCUGCCUGCUCUAAAGUAUAUAGUCGUGACUGUUGAAGCUUCCUAUCAACGUUUGGUGGUGAAGAAGUCUGGUCCCCGUGUUGCACAUGGAAGGAGAAAGACAGGGAAGGAUGUCUUGAUGACCCGCAUCUUCCACGAUGCUCCGUUUUGGCGAUUUGUACAAGAUCCAAGGAGACAGGGGAGUGCUCGUAGAACGGGUUUUGCUGUCCUGAAGUCUGCAACGUUCAAGGUUGAGCGGAAGCUUGCUCAAGCUGCCGGCAAAACCUGA